UUGCAGUGUGAAAGUUCAUAGGGCAUGCAAAGGUCGUGUUUUUAGCGAGCAAUGGCUGCCUUGAGUUGGUUUACUUGCAGACAGCUGCCGCAGAUUGCAUCUCAGUUCGCCCGGGUUGUGAAACACGUCAGGCCGCAGUACCUCGGAGGACUGCCGGCGAGGAGAGUCCACGGGUCUUCGCGGAAAUGGGUGGUUGAGAAGGAGCAAUGGGGCAAGGCUCGGAUUCCUGAGUAUCAUCAGCUGACAGAACUCGAUAAGGCGGAUGCCUUGAUGCUGAGAAAGUCCCACGAAACCGGUUUCCUGUCUUGGUUCCGUAACGGACUCCUGGCCACCGGUAUCGGGGUCAUCGCUUUCGUCCAGAGUGACGUAGGACGAGAAGCAGGCUAUGCCUUCUUCAUCCUGGGUGGUGUGUGUGUAUCGUUCGGCGGGGCGUCCUACGUGGGCAGCCUGUUUUCCCUGAGGAAGAUGAUGCUUCUCUCCCUGCCUGCCGUGCUGCUGAAUGUUGCUGUGGUGAGCAGCAUCGCCCUCUUCUGGCUGUGUGCGGUAUCGCUCUACAUCGGACGCCUGGAGGUGGCGAUUAUACAUGAGGGUGACGAUGACGGAGGGGAGUGCCCAGACUGUCGCGACCGCUGCAACCACUCCCAUGGCGACAGGCACCACGGCAACGACAAAGGCCAAGACAAGUAGAGCGCUUGAGUGGCAAAGGUGACGAAGUGCGUGUUUGAUUCUUUGUGUGUGAGUGAGACGGAGAGGACUGAUGGGGAGUGUGUAUGACACCCAAAGACACGUGGGUACAAAGGGGAUCAGUGAAAGGCAUGAUUUGGUUCUGUCCUCUGUGAUAGUCGUUUGUGUGGGUGGGUGAUUGUCUUAAAUUGCUGUGAUAGGUAUCAGAUGGGGCGGCAGGUAGCCUAGUGGUUAGAGCGUUGGACUUGUAACCGAAAGGUUGCAAGAUCGAAUCCCCGAGCUGACAAGGUAAUCUGUCGUCCUGCCCCUGAACAAGGCAGUUGCUGUUCUGAGGCCGUCAUUGAAAAUAAGAAUUUGUUCUUAACUGACUUGCCUAGUUAAAUAAAGAUAAUAUCAGAUGGUAGAUAAAAACUAAAUGUAGUUUUAUUUUACACACACACACACACACAAUGUGAGAGUGCCUCAUUUGAGUUUAUUUACUCCUGAUCAUGUUUACUUUAUGAAUCAAAGAGCCCUGUACAAUUCCUAAGCCAUACUCUGAGCCAGCCCAUGCUGUGUUCACCUAAAUAUGCUUUUGAUUGAUGCUAUUUUUUUUAAAUAUCAGUUGAUUCUAUAUCCAUACAAAGGACUACUUGGAUUCUUUGUAGUAAUCCAUGCUGGUGACAUAGAAUGAGGAGAUGUAUGUAGCCUGUGUUGACGUGUUGAAUGGAUGAACUAGGCCUAAGUGAAUUGAACGAUAUAGGUCAUCAACAAUGGUCUAUCUUUCUGGAAUUCGAUGUCCCUGUAUGCGUGUAAGUCUGUGGGUUUUUCUUUUAAUGUGUUUGUCUGUUCUUACAGAUUUGAACAGAUUUAGUGUUUUUUUUACCCAUUUUGGCUUACAUUUUUCCAAAGGGUUUUGUGAUUCAUAUGGCAAAUAGCACUUUGCCAGUUUUAUUUUUGUCAUGAGUUGUAAUUACUUUAAUAAACAUGUUCAAUGCAAUCUUGAAUUCAAUAUUCGAUUUCUAUAGAGUAGUUGAACUGUAGAGUAACGAUAUUUCAUACUUUUAGUCAAUCGAGGGUUGAUAGUUUGGAGCUAAAACUUAAUCAAAAUACCAACCGUAAGAAACUAUACAAUUUGUAUAACCUGUAUGUUUUGUUAGCCUGAGCUACCAUCCUGACCUGACCGCUGCGCUACCGAACAUUAGCUUGCGAGACCUGGAUGGUGGAACGAGGCGAGUUAAGUCUCUGGAUUAGAGAUAAUUUGUAUUGCAGUGUAUUUGAUUUCUGCAUGGCCUUCAGUAAAACUUAUUGUACAGCAUUAGACUUUAUGUAUGCAUGUAUGAAUAUGUACAUAAACACAGUUACAAAAUCAAA